CGUAAGUUGCUGCAAAUUAUUGAGCUGUGCCAUCCUAGUCAUUGCGAACCAAACAAGUUCUCCUCUCCAUCGCGCAGAAAUCCUCUUUUUUUUCUCUUUCACCAAAUUGGGCUAUUCUAAGUCUGAAAUUGUUAUUGUCGCUUUUCCUUUUCGUCAACCGUCAACACUCCCGGCGUCACACUCCUCUCAUACCGGUAUUGCUACAUGCACUGUUGUAUUCCACAUGGUUCAGACGCAUAACAGCGGAUCCACAAGCCCCUUACCGAUCGCUACCGGAUGGUUCUUCUUGUUCUUUCUGAUCCUACUCCAUAAACCAAACGAUGGUUAGAGUUGCUUCACCUCUUUCCUCUCUCCCUUAUCCGAAACACAGAUGGCGAUCAAAAAGAAGCUGGGUCUACACCGAUUUCUUUUGGGUGGUCCUUGUGUUCGGCGGGACGCUGUGCAUCAUCGCAUUCGCCCUUGCUUUUGUAUAUCUGAUGUCGCUCUCAGCGUCCACCACCACUACGACGUAUGUCACAACGACUACUACGACCCAUGAAAUAAUCACAACUACGAUCUCCGUUUCCUCAAAAGACUUUUUGCGCUCCUCGAAUCGAUACCAGAAUCGCUCGGAAUAUUCUUCCAAGUUUCCAUACCGCGACAAUCGCGAUGGUGAGGAAGAUGAUGCAUCCGUUUUCUUGUAUCACCGCGAGUUCAUUGAUGGGAUCGAUGUUUUAUGGGCAAUGCCCCCGGCAAACGACCAGGAACUACCACUGGAUUUGGCGCCGCCGAUAUCUGGACUGCUCUUUGUCGCUCACGGAUGCCAACAUUCAAACACGGAUUGGUUCCCGAAAUCGACAGCUUCUUCCUGCGAAACAUGCCUUGGAUUGCCGGAAGAACGGGCUAUUGUCCGGGAUGCCAUUGACCUGGGCUUUGUCGUGAUUGCCCUCUCUUCGACCAACCGAAUCUCAAAGUGCUGGAACGUCGCGAGAGACACUGAGCCCGUGGCGCGGRUAUUAAAGGAAUUUUUGAAUCGAUUUGCAACAAGGAAACAAACAGAUUCGUACGAAUCAUCAAAAGAGGAACUCUUGCAGCAGCCGCUGCCCAUUUAUGCCUUUGGAGCCAGCUCUGGGGGCAAAUUCGUGAGUUCCAUUGCCGAGCCCCUCAAAAUAAACCACGGCAUUUUGUUGAGUGGGUUCAUUUCCCAAAUCUCGGCAAAUUCCAAUCAUCAGCAACACCGACGGCCAGUUGAGAGCAAUGAAGAUUCCAAUGAUAAAUCAUCUGAUUCACUGUGUCAGGUAUAUAUAACCAUGAUCAGGGACUCCCGUACCGAUGACGCCGCACGAGGCAUCGUUGACGAAUGCAACGAUAACAGCAGCGAUCAAAGCGCAACCAAUAGAUGCAAACACAUUCAACUCCCAGCCCUUCCGAUGAUUCCUUCCUAYUUUUCGGAUCGGAUCCCAGACAUUUCUGUUGCCGAAUCCAGCGAUAUGGUUCGCGUCUUUCGGGACGCCGGCUUCCUCGACGAAAUCACGAACGAAUUGAGGGAGGAUCCACGGCAAUCCAACUGGAGACAAACAUUAUUGAUGUCGGUGCAUUCGGUUGCAGGCCCGUCCCUGGAAUUCAUGAAACGGGGGGAUUCAUUAGUGGCGGACGGGUCGCCUAUUUCCGAGACAAUGAACGUUGCCUGGGGGUUCCAUGAAAUGACCCGGGAUGGUGUAAAAGAAGCCCUGGAAUUCUGCAUGGAAUAACAGAUGUCCGAAUCAAGCUAGCAAUAUUUUCCCACGGCACAUACAGAGCAACAAUACAAAAUUUGCAUCAACGCGAGUAUCCAUUUAUGUGCGAUCGUUUUUGCUGCAUCGCCCCUGAUCUACUGUUUCACGAUGUKUUUGACACGUAUGGGUACCCCAUUGAAUAAGCUAUUGCCAGUAGCAUCCUUUAAUCUCCAAGAGAACAUCACUCUUAGUCUCCUCCACAGACCGACGCUCUCCGACAAAAUCUUUUAUCUAAUACGAUGUUUUUUGAACCAAUAGUCGGGUUCUGUAGCUGGAGUGCCGCCCAUUGGUGCGACAGAGUCCACCUCUCCAUCGCCGGCUCCAUAUAUUUAGUUUGUUUUUAAAAGAAGAUUAGACUGUGUCGAAGGUUUCGUUUGAUGAGAUUGGAUGAUCUCCUAGGAUUAAGUUACGUAAUUUUUCCAUGGAGAGGUGGCGACUAGUUUGGCGAAGAAUAUCUAAUUUAUGUUAGAAAGGGCUAAGGACCAUCAGGUAAUCGACCGCCACAGGUUCGUCUUGGUAACAGUAGAUAGCAACAAAGAAACUGUAAUAAUGGUAAUCUUUUGGU